AUGAAUACACCGGAGCCAUACAGAACUGAAGCUGUGGAAGAAAUGCGAGCUUCUUGCGAAGAACCCCGCAAAGAAGAUGCACAAUGUAGAGAGCUUUCGAGAUUUGACUUUCCAGAGUGCAUUAUUCACUUAGUACAAGGGCUGCAGGAUAAAGAAGUACCGUGGCGGGUGUUUUCAGAAAUAGUUGAAGCAGCUCACACAGAAGUUUACCCGGAGUGUUGUGAUCACUGCUUUGAAGUAGCAUAUCGACAAAAAUUCGGAUGCCUGGGACGUGGUGUAAUGUAUUGGCAAAAAUUCAAAUGCAUGCAGCCUGAACAACCCGGUGACGAUCCGGAUGCUAGAUUUGACAGACCCGAGUGCGUGCGUUUUUUAGUACAGGGGCUAGAUGAUUAUGAAGUGGAUUGGGAGGUGUUUUCCGAAAUAGUCAAAGCGGCGCACACAGAAGUGUACCCAGAGUGCUGUCCGUACUGUGAAGAAAUAGCAGAUUGGCAAAAAUGCGGUUGCCUGAGAUGUGAGGAGGAGGAGACGGCUGAGGGAGCGAAAAGCAUAAGAGGGGAUGAGCAUGUGACAGACCAGAAAGUGGAGCCCAUUUAUGAAGAAAUGCAGAGUGUACACGGUAUCCAAGAGCGACCAGAAGUGCCUGAGGAAGACGUCACAGUACCAGGACUGCUGAAACAAAAAGUGUCGCAGUGCAUACAGACUCUCUACCCUAAUAUGGCGGAGCUGAACUAUGUAGCGGUGGCUGAGGAGGUCAAGGAGAACAAGUUUGAUCCUGACUGUUGCAGAUUUUGCAACCACAUAGCAUAUUGUCAAGAAGUCCCCUAUGAUGAAGAUGAUGAGAGUGCCAGAGCAGAUUGUGGACUCAGGGGAUGAA